AACCACAGAGGACUCAAACUGAGCAAAUCCUUUAAUCUUCCAAAUUCUUUUUCCUGGUUUGUUAGAGCAGCCAAGGAUAGGGUGAGUCUUUUCUGACUACAAAGUUCUGCUGUGCUUUCCUCACACAGGAGAAGAUGACCAUGAGGGUUGCGAUUGUGGGUGCUGGGGCCAGUGGCCUGGCCUCCAUCAAGUGCUGUCUGGAGGAGGGACUGGAGCCCACCUGCUUUGAGAGGAGCGACGACCUUGGGGGACUGUGGAGAUUCACCGAACACGUUGAAGAAGGCAGAGCCAGUCUCUACAAGUCUGUGGUGUCCAACAGCUGCAAGGAGAUGUCUUGUUACUCAGACUUUCCAUUCCCAGAAGAUUAUCCAAACUAUGUACCAAAUUCACAAUUCCUGGAAUAUCUCAAAAUGUAUGCAAACCAGUUCAACCUUCUAAAGUGCAUUCAAUUCAAGACCAAAGUCUGCAGUGUAACAAAACACCCAGAUUUUAAUGUCUCUGGUCAAUGGGAGGUGGUCACUUUGCACGAAGGGAAGCAAGAAUCAGCCGUCUUUGAUGCUGUCAUGGUCUGCACUGGUUUUCUUACUAACCCUUAUUUGCCACUGGAUUCCUUUCCAGGCAUAAAUUCCUUUAAAGGCCAGUAUUUUCAUAGUCGACAGUAUAAACAUCCAGAUAUAUUUAAGGACAAGAGAGUCCUUGUGAUAGGAAUGGGAAAUUCUGGCACAGACAUAGCAGUGGAGGCCAGCCACCUGGCAAAAAAGGUGUUCCUCAGCACCACCGGAGGGGCCUGGGUGAUAAGCCGAGUCUUUGACAAGGGGUACCCAUGGGACAUGGUGUUCACAACACGAUUUCAGAACAUGUUCAGAAAUUCUCUCCCAACGCCAAUUGUGUCUUGGUUGAUUGCGAGAAAGAUGAACAGCUGGUUCAAUCAUGCAAAUUACGGCUUAAUACCAGAAGACAGGAUUCAGCUGAGAGAGCCCGUGCUGAAUGAUGAGCUCCCAGGCCGUAUCAUCACUGGGAAAGUGUGCAUCAGGCCAAGCAUAAAGGAGGUGAAGGAAAACUCCGUCGUGUUUAACAACACCCCAAAGGAAGAGCCCAUUGACAUCAUUGUCUUGGCCACUGGAUACACCUUUGCUUUCCCCUUCCUCGAUGAGUCUGUAGUGAAGGUUGAAGAUGGCCAGGCAUCACUGUACAAGUAUAUCUUCCCUGCACAUCUGCAGAAAGCAACCCUGGCUGUUAUUGGGCUCAUCAAACCCAUAGGUUCCAUUCUACCCACAGGAGAAACACAAGCUCGAUGGGCUGUUCGAGUCCUGAAAGGUGCGAUUAAGUUACCACCACCAAGUGUCAUGAUAAAAGAAGUUAAUGCAAGGAAAGAAAAUAAGCCCAGUGGGUUUGGCUUGUGCUACUGCAAGCCUUUACAAUCAGAUUAUAUCACAUACGUAGAUGAACUCCUGACCGACAUCAAUGCAAAACCCAACCUGUUCUCUUUGCUCCGGACGGAUCCUCUUCUGGCUUUGACCAUCUUCUUUGGCCCAUGCUCACCAUACCAAUUCCGCUUGACUGGUCCAGGGAAAUGGGAAGGAGCCAGAAAUGCCAUCAUGACCCAGUGGGACCGAGCAUUCAAGGUCACCAAAACGCGAAUUGUACAAGAAUCCUCAUCUCUCUUUGAAAGUUUACUUAAACUUUUUGGUUUUCUGGCCUUGCUUAUGGCCAUUUUCCUGAUUUUCCUAUAAAUAAAAG